AUGAAACCAGAACGGCAAGACGAGGGUAUUCUGCGCUGGCGGCUUCCUAGGCAAAAAUCAGCAGUUCAACUCGCAUACGUAAGUUUGAAAAGUUUUCCACACGGGUUCCGUCUACGCAAAGCGCUUCGUUACUGGCUUUCCUCGUCCCUAGGGGCUUGGCAACGAGUUCACUGCAGCUCAGGGAACGCUGCUGGCUGGACGCACUGUCAGCGAGGUCGCCACGGAUGUUGUCUCAGUCACACAACCCGAAAAGCAGGUAUUCGACUGGUGCAGCGGUUCCAAAGCGGUAGGUCGUUCCAAGCCUGCGAAGCACUGCCUGCAGAGCUUACCACGACCAUGGCGCACAGGUACUUUGAUGCGGCAGCGAACCUCACGGAUGAGGCGUUUUUAGGGGUAUAUAACGGCAAGAGAUAUCACGAACCAGACCUUGAUCGAGUUCUCGAACGAGCUGCACAAGAAAACGUACGCGAAGUUCUAGUCACGGCGGGCUCUCUAGACCAGAGUAAAGAGGCGCUGUUGCUAGUUCGCGAAAACCGUAAACAACUUGCCGCAUCGAGCGCAACGUCCUUGCCGAAACUAUUCGCCACUGUGGGUGUGCAUCCCACCAGAUGCAGUGAGUUUUUCCCCAAAGAAGAUACUGCAUCUGCGGAUGCUGAGGCGCACGCACGCGAGCAUCUACAUGCCCUGAGAGCACUCAUCGAGCAAGGCGUUGGCGCAGCGGGUGGUACGCAAGCCCCUGACGAAAACCUCGAUGAUGACGCCGUUGUCGCCAUCGGCGAGUGUGGACUCGAUUACGUGCGCACACAGUUCUGCCCGCCGGCAGUGCAGCAAAGAGGCUUCAAGUUGCAACUGCAACUAGCCGGAGAGACUGGUCUCCCUCUUCUGUUGCACAAUCGAGAGUCUACUGCCGACCUAGUGCAGCUUCUCACGGAGAACCGGCACCAAAUUAGAGCUGGCGGUCUCGUUCAUUCAUUUGAUGGUUCAGCAGAGGAAGCAGCAAUGUUGUUAGACCUCGGAUUUCACCUAGGCGUCAACGGAUGCUCCCUGAAAACAGAGGAGAAUCUUCGAGUUGUCCGUGAGAGCAUUCCUUUAGAUCGCCUUAUCUUAGAGACAGACUGUCCGUAUUGUGAGCUGCGACCGAGCCACGCCAGCUAUCAGUUCAUGCACAAGCAAGGCAUCGACAUCGCGGGGUACGGCUGGGCAGGCCGCGCGCGCGCUGACAAGAAACGCUUCUGCACAGGUGUGGGCGUGCGGGGGCGCAACGAGCCUUGUAGUAUUGUCCAGAUAUGUGCUGUUGUGUCCAGCCUCAAAGGAGUGCCGAUGGCGCACGUUGCGGAGGCGACGCGUCGGAACGCCCUUUCGCUGUUUAGGUGCAGCGAGGCCGUCUAG